AUGGUCCGGGCCAGUGCCGGGAUCGUGGGAGAGGCGGUCCGUGUCUCCCAACACGCCAUUGUGAGCCCUCGUGAGCUUGCCCUAUUUCGUACCACCUGCCUUGCCUCGACCUUGUAUGAUGUGACAGAACCUCGCGCUUUGUCGAGCUGUCUCAAGCCACAAAAAGAAAAGCUCACUCGCUACCUGUUCGGCCAGCGCUAG